AUUUGUUCUGGGUAAUAUUUGUGGUGUUUUCUCUUUGUAAAUAGUUGAAGUAAUGCUGCACCUGACGGGCCAGAACUACAAUGCCCGCGACAUAAUCCGGAAUAUCUUCUCGCCGCUGAUCGGCGUGCUGUCCAGUCCGCAGGCGGACGAGAUCUGCCACCGAAACAACCUGUCCUUCGUGGAGCUCCUGCAGCCGUUCGCGAAGUUGCCAAACGAUGCACACUUUCGUGACGUUUCCGGGACGAGUGUGUCCGUUCGCGGACUCCGCCUUAACUUCUGUGAUGUGGACUGGCGGCCGCCCCAAACAGUUCUGGCCAGGAAGAUGCUCAAUGAGUCGGUGACCAAUGCCCACAAUGACAGGACCCGACUGGCCACCAUAGCUGACAUAGACCUCGAGUUGCCCACGUCGGAACCGUGGUUUGAGCAAUGGCGUGAGACCUUUCUAACGGUGCAAUUCCCGGCGGAUCAUGAGUUCACCCGCCACUUGCUUAGCUGUUUGCUAGUGCUGUCCAGUGCGGAUCCCCAGAUCGUGGAGACGGCCCACAAGCUGGGACAACGUGUGCAGCAGAUGCAGAGCAUCACGCCGCAGAAGCUGCCCAAGUGGUUCCACCCCAACGAGGUGCUCAACAGUUAUGUGGUGCUGCACGAGGCCAGCCAGGGCGACUUGUCCAAGGCGCAGCAGGGAUUCGAGCUGCUAAAGUCCACCUUCGGGGACAGCAAGUGCUUCCUGGUGUCCAUCAACUCGCUGGAUGGUCAGAGUGCCGCCGAAGUUCCGGAUCACUGGGCCACGUUUAUCAAGAGGCAGCCCAAAAGCGAUGCAAACGUGCCCUCGACGGAUCUGAGUGCGCCCAAGUCGCCACAGGAGGCGGUUUCGGUCAUCAGCAUGCCCGCCAUGCAGAUGUCACAGCUUCUCGAAGGAGCCAAUGCCCAGGAUAGCGAUCUGGCCAUGCUCCAUCCGCUGAGUCCCAUGCAGGAGAGCGCCACGGAGGCGAUCAACUCGAAGUUCAGCAUCAGCAGCGAGAGCAUCGCCUCACAGACCAUCAAUCCCAAUGUCUGGGCCAAUGAUUUGGAGGCGGAUGCCCCGCACGGCGGAUGCCUGACCAAUCGGGACAUCGACAACCUGCGGCACUUUGUGCAGGACUAUGCGGUGCGUGCCUUGAUACCCUACAUUGAGCAUCUGGUGGCCAUUCUCGCCGAGGGAGUGACCAACAAGAAGGGCGUCAGCAAGUCCCUCCUGAGCGCCACCAAACGGUGGUUCGUCACCAGCAAACCAGGCGCAGGAGCCAACAAUCAAAAUGCAGUCAUCUACACCAAUGAAUCUGCUGAGCUGCAAACCCGCAAGUUGGGCGAUCUCUACUUUAUGUUCGGUCACUAUAAUUUGGCUUUUCAAGCCUAUCAUCAGGCCAAACGAGACUUCAAUGCGGACUCGGCGUGGCAAUACUAUGCGGGUGCCUUGGAAAUGGCCGCCCUAUCCGCCUUUAUGCUGGGAACUGCCCACCGGAAGACCUAUGACUAUAUGGAGGAUGCCAUUGUUUGUUAUCUCACCGUGUGCAAACUACAGCAAUUUGCCACCAGGGCCACGCUGCUGAGCAUGGAAUGCUUGAAAACAGCACGACUUUAUAGCGACGUGGCAAAGCAACUGAUACGCAUGACCAACGAGGAAUCAGAUCUCCGAUCAGCUCUGUUGCUGGAGCAGGCAGCCUACUGUUUCCUGGUGACCCAACCGCCCAUGCACCGGAAGUAUGCCUUUCACAUUGUGCUGGCCGGGAAUCGUUACUCCCGCGCCGGCCAAAGGAAGCAUGCGUAUCGUUGCUAUCGCCAGGCCUACCAGGUCUUCCAAAGGCGCGAGUGGAGCUUGGCUGAGGAUCACAUUCAGUAUACGGUGGCCAAGCAGGCCUAUAUGCUGAAGCAACUGGAGGAGGCCAGUCGCUCGUUUGCCCAUUUGCUGAGGCCCGGCAGCCUUCAAAGUGCGCAACAGCAGACCAGUUUCCUCAAGGAGUAUAUUCAGACGCAGAAUGAACUCCUGAAGCGCAGUCCUGAAUUGGGACUUCUACCGCAUGCCUUACCCCAAGUAGUGCAAUCUUCCGUUCGUGUUCUUACUCUUGUGCAAUCACCAUCGGCUGUGGCUCCCCAAGUGCCGGCCACCAACAUAGACAUCAACUCCAAUCUGACGGCCGAUGAGUCCGUUUGGAAUAAGAUUGAAGAGAUGCUCGUUAUCACGGCUGCCAAUAAUAAGCCAUUUGUGUUUAAACCAUCGAGAUAUUUGUUUACGAAGCAGCAGCCUGCGCUGGAAACUCCAGUUGCUGUGCAGGGCGAACCCAUCGAGCUGGCUGUGACCCUUUCCAAUAGCGUUCGCUGUGGCAUAGCCCUCUCCGAGAUUGAUCUGCUAUGGAAACUGACUCUGGACAACGAGGAGGUUCUGUCCAAUGCUUGCGUGUAUGAGGAAUCGGCGGAUAGUGCCAGCAAAAUAGCUGUGGGUGCAGCGAUUAAAACCAGCUGCGUGGCUGCCAUUGAGCUGGCCGAACAGGCUGAGCAAACGUUGCACUUUAAGCUGACACCCAAGUUGACCGGACGCCUGAAUGUCCUGGGAGUGAUUUGUAGAGUGGCAGCGAGUGCGGAUCCUGUGGCCAGUCUCCUGGGAACCCUGCAGUUCGAGACACAAAAGAUCAGACCUAACAAUGCCAAGCAAUCAUCGCAGACUGUUUUGGACAACAGAUUGACCAUCAAAUUGAUUCCCCAACUGCCCGCCAUGAAUGUAAGCUUUAGUCCUGUUCCCAGUAGACUUUUGGCUGGUGAAAUUAUACCUGUUUCUGUGACCCUUCGGAAUCUGGGCAUUGCUCCGAUUGAGGAGAUCUACCUGGGAUGCGAUAACCCGCGCUGUAUAUCCCUCUUGGAUCAGCACAGCCAAAUGCCACUGGCUAUGAUGAGUUCCCUUCGCAAUCUAUCCAAUGACAAGCUCGUCAAGGACAAGGAAAUCCGUGGACAACGUGUUUUUCGACUGCUGCAACGCCCUGGACAGGCUGCCUUGGAUGCCCAGCAGGUUCACACCAUCUCCAUGUGGCUGCAGGCUCCACAUCAGGCUGGACCAUUUACCCUUCGCCUUCUCUUCUAUUACUCCUUGCCGGGGGGAGCAAACUCCAGCGUAAAGUAUCGCCUGGUUCGGCAUAUUUGGCAGCUGCAGGUGGAGAGCUGCCUGCAGGCCGACUCCACGUGUGUGGUUAGCAAUGCGGUGACCAACGAACUGGGCUUGGAUGUGAACGUCAGGAACCAGCAUGCCAUGGACGGAACGGAGGUGUACAUCAACUCGAUUUCCUUGUACUCUAAGGAAUUCGAUUUGAAUCCGGAUAAGCUAUACAUCAUGAACAGUAUGGGAGUCAGCCCAGGACAGGCGGGAGCGCAGUGCCUCAAGUCUUCCAUAUGCUGCAAUUUCCAGUGUCGCCUGCGGGAGAGGGACAACAAAGAAGAAUUCAAAGACAUUCCAUCGAUCAAAAGCCUAUUGCAAUCUCGACUUUCCCACUUGAAGAUCCUGCCUGCCCAGCAUGCCCAGCAGGUGGAGCAGCUUAUGCCCGCCAUUCAGGAGCCGCACAGUUUUCUUACCAACGAGGAGACGGUGUACUUCAAUACCAACAUCUCAACGGAGGAGUUCAACGCAAGCAUCGCUGGUUAUGUGCCUCAUGCCACUUUGGCCAUAAGCUGGAGUGCCCUGGUGUCCAGGGAGGAGGGUCAGCGCCUGGCCAGUGGCCAGCAUUUCAUCAAGCUUCACAAACUCUUCGAGACGGGUCACUGCCCGGCUGCGCCAAUGGGGGCGUUUCUCCGGAGAAGACCUUCUGCUGACGACUCGCUGGACAAUCGACGGGAAUUACCACUUCCCGAGGGAGCGGUUAACAAUGAGGAAGCCUGUCAGCCCCUGGCCGAGGCGGAUGAAGAGGAUUACUGGGAACCCAAUGAAAACUAUGUGGGCCAACGGUGCCUUCUGGAGGACGAGAGUUUUGUGAUGGCGGUUAAGGCCUAAAUAUUGUCGUCAACUCGUGUCUGUAAAUCAUUAUAUGUUAUCUGUGAAUCGGUUAUGAGAUGCUGAAA